AUGGCCCGUCUUCUUAACAAAGAAGGUGCACAUAUAGUCUGCGCAGACCUAUCACCAACCGCCCGAUCCCAGGUUCCCGAUGAAGUCGAGAUAGCCACCCACGACGCGAUUAUCAAAGCAGGCGGAAGAGCCAUCUACAUCGAAACAGACGUCGGCGAUGCCCGCCAAAUGGAGCGAGCGGUACAAACAGCCGUGGCAGAGUUCGGCCGACUGGAUAUUUUAGUCAACAACGCCGGGGUUUCCACAGACUGCCGGAAUCCAGCCCGUAUUCACGAAACAGAUGAACAUGUGUGGGACACAACCCUACGGGUCAACACCAAAUCGGUCUUCCUUGGCUGCAAGUAUGCGCUGGCGCAGAUGCUGAAGCAGGAGCCUCAUUCUUCGGGCGAUCGGGGCUGGGUUAUUAACAUAGCUUCUGUGUGGGGGGUGGUAGGAGGGCUGGGUGCUCCGGCUUAUUGCGCGUCCAAAGGAGCUGUUGUCAACUGCACUCGCCAGAUGGCGCUGGAUUAUGCCCCUGAUCGGAUCCAUGUGAAUGCUAUUUGUCCUGGGGCUAUUUACACAGCUAUGGUACGCGAUGUUGAGGAGACUUCGCCCUCUCAAUUCGAAAAUAUACGUCGGAUGCAGCCCUUUAGAGGGCUUGGACAACCGGAUGAGAUUGCCCGGAUGGCGGUGGUGUUGGCUAGCGACGAUGCCAGUUUGGUGACGGGGGUUUCCCUGCCGGUUGAUGGGGGAUACACAGCUCACUAG